AUGCCUCCUCAACCUCCGGAACCAAAGUCACCAGCAUUUCAGCCACAACCGCAGUCACCUUCAUUACUGCCCCCUUCACCAUCAACAUUUCCACCGUCUCUUACAGAAUCUAGUGAAAAUCCGCCACGUGUAGUACCAGAACCAAAAGCCUCACCACCGCCACUUUUACCACCAAACUCAAAGGAAGUGCUUCACCCGCAGACAACGUCACCACUAACACCAGAAGCAAAAAAACUACAGCCCCUUCCGUCAACGCUAAGCGCUCCUUUAGUAUAUCAAUCCCCACUAUCUUCAACACCGUCUAAAUCAAUUGAUGAAACUCGGUUCCAAUCACCGCCCCCGUCGCAAAUAUCACCACCCUCAUUAACAGAAUCCCAUGAAUCUAAGCUGUCAAAAUCUACUGAGGAUACUCAGUUCCGAUCACUAUCUCCGUCGCUGGCCUCACCACCAUCAUUGUUAAAAUCCGAUGAAUCUCAGACGGCUUUACCGCCACCAGAAACCAAAACUCCGCUGUCUCCACCCUCAACGCUUAAAGAAUUUCAGCCGCAGCUGUCACCACCGCUUCCACCGUCUAAAUCCAAUGUUGAAACUCAUUUCAAGUCUUUGCUUCCUUCGCAAGCAUCACCACCAUUAUCAUCAUCGUCUAGGUCUGGUGAACAUCAACCACCUUUAGCAACAGAAGCUAAAAUCCGUCCAUUGCCACCGUCGUUUUUAGAAACCGGCGAAAAUCAGCCGCUUUUAGCACCAUCAGAUAUUAAAGCUCCAAAGUCAACGCUAAAGGCCGCAGAAGAAUCCCUGCCUGAACCGCCUACACUGCUUUUGCCGUCUAAAGUAACUAUGUCCCAAUCAUCGCCUCCACUGCCACCGUCAUUAUCAGAAUCUGGUGAACUUCAACAGCCUUUGCCACCGGCAGAAUAUAAAAUUCCACCACCACCACCGCCAUUGUUAGAAUCCGGUGAAUCUCAGCUGCCUUUACCACCACUACCAGAAACCAAAAUUCAACCGUCAAAGCUAAACGCUGCUAAAGAAUUCCAGUCUCCACCACUUGUUCCGUCUAAAGCCAUUGAUGAAUCUCGUCUGCCGCAUUUGCCACCAACAGAAACCAAAACUCCACCGUCAACGCUAUACGCUACUGAAGAAUCCCUGCCUCCACCGGUUAAAGCCACAGAUGAAACUCUGUCCCAAUCGUCAGAAACUGGUGAACCUCAACAUCCCUUGCCACCACCAAAAGCUAAAAUUCCACCGCCGCCACCGUCAUUGUCAGAAUCGGAUGAAUUUCAGCUACAUUCGCCACCCAAAGAAGCAAAAACGCCACCAUCAACGCAAAACGCUGCUGAAAAACCCCAGUCUCAACCGCUUCCUGCCUCUACAUUCAAUGAUAAUACUCCGUUCAAAUCAUCGCCUCAACCACCUUUGCCACCACUAGAAUCUAAAAUUACACCGUCAAAGCUAAACACUAAUGAAGAAUCCACGCCUCAACCGUCUAAAUCCAUUGAUGAAACUCGGUCCCAAUCAUUAUCACCUCCUAGGCAAUCAUCUAUACUGCCACGAGAAGCCAAAACUCCACCGUCAAAGAUAAACGCUAGUAAAGAAUCCCAUGUCAAACCGCUUCCGCCACUUGCGUCUAAAUCUACCGAUCCUCCCUCGCUGCCACUACCUGAAUCUGGCCAACAAUCAAAAUCUCAAUCACAUAUGCCACCACCAUCUCCAACGGCGCUUACAUCACCAUCACCCAAAACUAAACCUAACCCAAUCGAAUCUCACACUUCAAAUGAUCAUCGCAACGAUCGAAAUCAAUAUCUAGAUAAACCAGACGCCGAACUCAUGGCUGAGAUCACCGGGGAAGUUAAGAAAAACAGGGGAAAAGAGAAAACACCGACGACGAUGAUGAUGAUGUUCAUCAACAGCAAUGUUCAAGGGAUCAACACAUCACUCUCGCUCGAUUCAUCUUCCAUCGAUCAUGAGCCUGGCGUCCACUUGACCAUCGAUCAUGAUGAUUUUUCUUCAACGCUGUUUUAA